GCUGACGCAAGUAUACCGAACUGUUUGUAUACGGUGAAGUAUCGGGAAGUCGCACUCGCGAAUUAUUUGAUAGUGAUUAAUAGCCACUCGAGUGAUUCAUCGCUGUUGUUCUUGCUGUCAUUGUUGUUUUUGAAUAUAAACAGAUCGAGUUUUAUAAUAUACGAAUCACCCAAAUAAGUUAUCUCUCCAGCGAUAAUCCAAGUCUACGUUAUUCAGGAAACAAACGUCGGGUAAACGUUCGCUCUUCCUUGAGAGUUGCUCUCCGAAUUCUUGGCAGAAAUUCUCCCUUUUUUUCUUUUCUUUUUUUUUUUUAAUUCACAGCUACUCAAAAGUUCAAGAGCCGAGAGAUCGAAAUUGAAAAAGUCGAUUGUCUUCUUCCUGAAUAUCAGAUUUGCUAUCUUCGAUUUGUAAACAAAUCAAUUGCAAUUCAAUCGAAUGGCUGGUUAUUUUUGAAGUCGGUAAAAAGCCCACGAUUGCGGCCAGUGCAAUACUUGAACUUUUUCGUCAAAAUCUGCCUGAUAAAAUUGAAUCAUUUUGCAUUAAAUUUAGCGAAAAACAAACACGUUAUAAUUAAUUAUUCAAUUUUUAUUUGUGCUCGCACUUGACGAGCACAACAUCUGUUGGCACGUAUUAAUCAAAUAAUAUGAGCUUUGGAGAACUGUAACGUUGAGUAAUAAGUCAACAGCGAUAUACUGCAGGCGAUAAAAAUCAGCAUGAUAAAGUAAAUUCAUAUUAAUAGAUUCUCGUUCGUUUUUAAUUAUCAGAAAGUGCUCGUGCUAAACGCUCGUACACGAUGUAUCGCCACUGCCUUUUAGCUCUUUGUCUCUAUGUUUAUUUGGGCCAGGCUGUGAAUGCAGCCCCGACCGAGCGCCAUGCGGAAAACGGCCGCAGUAGCAGUUACCUGCGAGUCGUCAGAGGCGAGACUAUUGACAUUCAACAAGCUCCGUAUCAGAUAAGCCUGCUAGACAAAUCGACGGGUAGUCACGUAUGCGGCGGUACUAUCCUCUCUAGACACUGGGUACUGACGGCGGCCCACUGCGUCGUGUUCAGGCCAGCGGCCGAGGAUUACACCGUGCGCUCGGGCUCGAGUUUCACGACUCACGGGGGUCAGCUGCACGACGUCGUCCAAGUUCUCAUGCACGAGGAUUAUUUGGGCAUCGAGCAUGGCGCGCCUGUCAACGAUAUUGCCCUUCUGAGAGUCGAGCAGCCGUUCGUCUGGGACGACACUACGAAGAAAGUCGAUCUGUUCGACGAGCAUGACAAAGCCCGAUUGGGAAGCACUGCUACCGUCACCGGAUGGGGUAUGACUGAGGAACAAAAGCCGGCGGUUCAAUUGCAGUCUGUAGAUCUGACUCUUCUCGACUUGGCCAAAUGUCACGAGGCUUAUGAGAAAUUAGGCGGUGGAAUCGAGGGCCAGAUCUGCGCGGCUCAUCUGACCGACCCAAAAGACAUGUGUGACGGCGAUUCAGGUGGCCCAUUGAUGAUCGGUGAACGUCAAGUCGGAAUCGUCUCUUACAGUGGGCCGGGCUGUGCGCUGCCCGAUUAUCCCGGUGUUUACACUGAAGUUGCUUAUUAUCGUGCAUGGAUUGAAAAACAUACAAAUUGAAAUAUUUACCUUUUUAAUCUUCAUGACAAAUCUGUCAAAAAAAAACAAACAAUGCAUAGAGAUAAAGAAUAAGAUAUACGAAUACACAUAAUUUAUGGGUCAAUAUAUGCUUAUUAUCUGUACUUGUGUAUUAAUAAACAGCCGUAUACUGACAUACAAA